AAAGCAAAAUUUUUUCAACUCCGACAAACUAGCUACUAUGCGACAGAGCUAUGGCUAAUAAAGAGAGGGAGAAUUUUUACAGAGGAUCUACACUUAUAGUAGAUAAUACCAAGUCUUCAUUUGUGGAUCUUUUAGAACUCCAUUUAUCUAGAAGCAACCUAUCGUUUGAAGAUUUUAUAAUCCAAAAUCAACACCAAAUCUACCACUUGUGUUACAACUCUAAAACAUGUUGUCAGUGCAACCCAGGUUAUAUUCUCCCAAACAACCGUAUUCUCUAUAACGCUCAGUUGGAAUUACUUUUUGAUAAGUAUGCAAAGAUACCCGGUCACAAGCUGGGGAAUCGAAGUGACUUUUGUUGCGCUAGAACUAAAACAGGCAUUACGACAAAUCUUCUUGAUAUAACGUUGACAAGAACUUUAUUGGUGAAUCUUUGUCAUGAUGUGUUUUGGUACAGCUGUUUGAAUUUUCAAUCACAAUCGCUCCCGGAAUUCCUUAACAAUAACAAACAUCACAUUUAUCAUCUAAGGGAACCAAACAUUCCAUGCUGCCAAUGUUCGCCUGGUUUCAUUUUCCCAGUGACCGGUCCGUUGAUAGAUCUUCAGUCAUGGAAGGUUAUGUUUAACCUGCCCGAGUUACCCUGUCCACAUCAUCGAAAUGCCCCAAGUGAUUUGGUAUGCACCGUAUCAGCGUCUCGUGGUAUUGAUGUAAGACACCUUGGCGAUCAACUAACCAAAGUUCUUAUAGAACAGUGUUGUCCACUCAGACAAACAAUCGAUAGACUCAUCCAAAUUAGAAAUAAAGUCCAAGGACAUUCAAGUGAUGGCAGAAUAUCAGAAGCUGAUUACCGAGGAUAUGAAGUUGACAUUACAUCAGGAAUAAUGGAAAUUGCCAAAGUUUGUAAAAAUGAAGCCGCGACCAAACAGUCUCUUUCAGACGUAAACAAACGUUCACUAGAUGAAACCUUAUGUAUUCAGUACCAUAAUAUGCUGUUGGAGCAGAUAGAGAAGGAAAAUCGAUUAGAAGAGAAAAUAGAUGACAUUGCAGUGCAACUAUCCACCCUACCAGACAUGUUGGAACAAGUUAUCCAAUCAGCACUAAAAAAGACAAAUGAACCAAAUUCUACGGUGACACCUGAGACCUGCUCGAACAGGCCAGCUAGAGAUGAGAACACCCGAAGGAGAAAUGCAGUUACUGUAAUUGAAGAUCUAGCAGCUGCCAAUGAACCAUUAUCUAAAACAAAAAAAGCCUUAAAAAAAGCGUUUGAAGUUUUAUCUGUGAUUAAAGUUGUUGAUCAAAGACUGUCUGCUGUCGUUACAACGGUAGAAAAAAUUCUUAAAAUACGUCAUGAUCAAAAACUCGAUGAUAUUUUAAAACUCGUCGAGUCUAAGAUUGACGAAGAAUUAUUUUACAAAUUUAAAGGAGCAAAAGCUUUUUUCGUUUCUAAAAUAUCAUUUCUUACAGGAGUAAGUAUUCAUGAAAUAAAUGAGAACGAUAUCAAAUUUAUUGAGAAAAAUGUGGAACCGUUUAAGGAAGUUGAAUUCAUGGCUGAAUUGUGGGAGCGAAUCGACAAGGAGAAGAAGUUAGGGAAAAGAAGGAAUUUUUCGAAACUCAUGAAGUAUACGCAAGAGUAUAUCGUUUUAAGUGUGUUGCGUGAUAUUACAUUCACACUGUAUCUUCGAAUUCUAGAUGUAAGUUCAAACUUCCACAUUGGUGGAGGAGUGGAGAACAUGCAUAAUAGUCAAACUGAAAAUGACAGGUCUCUUUUUGAGUUUCUUGUUGAGCCAAUACAGGAUACACUUGUAUAUAAUUUUAUGUACAAUCCAAAUGAUUGGAAAGUUGUUGCUAAUUUAAUUGAAUUUUACUUUCCGGAUCAAGGAAAACAACAUCCCUUAGAAUACUUGUGUAAUGGUAAAUACGUAAUAAAGUCGGUGAAAUUUAAUGGUGCUUUUCUGUACAUGGUCGAUAUAGCAGGUACAUGGUUACGUUGGCAAAAACAAGAAACCGAUCAAUCUAAAUUUACAUUUUCUAAAACUGCCAUUGAUGGAAAGACUUAUUUCAAAAUUUGUUCAUCUAAAUGGAAAACGUAUUGCGCAAUAAUUGGUGGGCUUAAUAUAUGGGCUCGUGGAAUUGAUUCUGGUUCAGCCAAUGAAGGAUUAUUUGAGAUAAUACAGGUUAAAAGCAAAGAAGGUUCUAACGAAGAUGUGUAUAGUUUUUCACCAAAAGACUCCAAGGCUACAUUUUUAAUUGCCAAUGAAUCAGGCAGGGUUAGUGGGAGUCAAUGUCCACCUUGUGCAGACUCGUUUUUUAAGAUUGAACGUAGAAAUAGUAUCACAACUUAGUUCAUUAUCCAAACAUGUACCCCACAUCUAACCAUGUAAUUUAAAUCUUUAAGAUACGUUCAAUGUAGUUCAACACAGUUUUUUCUAACUAUAAGUAUAAGACCAAAAUGACAACAAUUGUCAAUCUACCUCUUAAAGAAUAUAUUUUUACUUGAAUUUCAGGUUUUGUAAUUCUAGGCAAAAUUCAAAAUGAUCAGAAAGAAUAUUCUAAAGAUAAAAACAUUAAACAGCAAAAUGAUUCAACAAGAUAAGUAAAAAUAGUACAAAACAAGUAGUAUAAAUUAAAAAAAAAGAGAGAAAAUUGUCGACGUUUUGUAUGAGAAUUUUCCCUAAUACUCAUUUUUCUUCAUUAAAAGAUUGAUGAAAUGCGAAGAGAUGCUAAAGUAAAAUUUUGUUGCAUUUGGCCUGAGUUAAAUAGACAGGUACUUAAAUGAUUGAACAUGCGCAAAUUUAGUCAGAGGUUUUUAUGAUAAAUACAAAUAUUUUCUUUAGAAAAUUAUAUAUAUUAAUACAUUUGUGGUUUCACGCAUGUUCAUUCAUACAAAAUGUUUUAUGACAUAUUGCAUGGCAAGCCUACUGCAUCAACAUUGUUUACUUGUAAAUUGUCAAUUUGUUACAUGUAUAAAUAUGUCUGUGUAAUUACAAUUUGUUUAAUUCGUAAAUUGUAAAUUUGCAAAUUUUCUCUUUGUACUUCCAAAAUUCUUAAUUAAUACAUAAUUAAUUGUAAUUUGCAAUUGUGAAAGAUCAAAUAAUUUUAUUCGUAAAUUAUCAAUUUGAAACUUGGAACUGUAAACUUUAAAAAUAAACUUAUUUUGUAAGAUGUCAAUUUGCAACUUGUAUCUUUGUUAUUUCAAAAUUCUUUAUUCGCAAAUUGACAAUUUGUGACUCGUAACCUGGCGAUUCAUUAAAAGUCAUUGUUACAUAAUGUAUACCGAGCUUAUGACGACAGAUGGCACUUGGUUUCAUGAUCAGUGUAUAAACCUCCUGUAAGUAGGAGAAUCUCCAUUUGAAGUCUAUCCCUAAGUUAUUCAAAUUAAUCAUGUGGCCCGAGAACACAGUUAUUUCGUAGUGCAUUUCUUUUAGACAAUAAAUUCAAAUUAAAAAAAUCGCACCUGCUCUUUCUCAGAAAGAUUUUUACAGUGUAGUGUACUACCAGUAAGACAAAUAAUAUCAAAAGUAUAGAAACUUCUACUAACUCUAACUCAAAAUAUUGACAAUUCUGUGUAAAGGGGGUGUGAAAUUCAGUUUGAGAGCUUCAGACGUGAUAAAAUUUGACCUUUUUGAACUGCCCCAAACAUAAAGAUUCA